GGCCACUAGAGACCGACUGAGCUACGCCAUGGCAGAGAAGGAACUAAGAGCGGUGGUGCUCCGGCUUCGCCAUAGCCUCUCUUCUUGCUGCAAAUCAAUCGAAGGAGGAGAAGAGGAAACCUCAGGCCUUCUUGAGGAGCUUGCGAGCUUUCUGGAUUCCAUUUCCGAGGCUGCAACCUCAGAACCUGAAAACGAAGAAGCGAGGAAGAAUGCGGUUGAACUACUCCUUGAGAUUCAGAGUUUUCUCGUCUCUUCUUCCACGCCAAACCAGGCGGUGGUCGACGCACUCUCGUUUGAAUUGCCAAAAGCAGUUUCAAAGUUCGCAGGGGUUUCAGAUAGGUGUUUGGAGAUUGCUGAUUCCAUUAUCGAUUGGUUUGUUGGUAGAUGUAAUCCACGGGACAUGAUCUCCAUUCUAUCUGAGGCAUUGGAUUCCUUGAGUACUAGCAGUGACCCUGGUUAUGCUGCUCCUCUCCUGACUGGGCUCUCGAAAGUAUUUGUUUCCAUUAAGCGGCAUCAUUUUAAGCAGGCAAAGUUGGCAGUUCCUGUUGUAUUGAAUGUCCUGAAAGUGGUAUCUGUUGAGUUAGCUGAUAGAGAUGCAGAGCGUGUACUACUAUUCAACAUAGCUUUGGCAAUGGCAGAUUCUAUAUGCGUAGUUAGUACGAAACUGGAUCGUGGAGAAUCUGAAGAACUUCAGUCUCUGAUGGGUUUGUUCAUAUUGCAAAUUAUGGUAGAUUUCAACAACAGUGGAUCUGGAUUUGACUUGCAGGCUCUUGUGUCAGCCAGUAUACCAUCUGAACAAUCAGGCUGCACUCCUCUGGUGUCAGAGAUUUGUAAACUUCUUCCACGGUGUGGCUUGACAUAUCUUGGUUUAAUAACUGAAUCCGAUGUUGAUGCCAAGAUCUCUAUUGUCACCAAAGAUAAAGAAGAUGACAUAAUGACCUCCUUUCCUGACAUGAAGCUGGGUGCGUCUCUAUCAGUCAUUUGGGGGCAUAUCUCCAACGAGAUAGCUGAGCAAGCUGGAGAGAAUAUGUCUGCUUUGAAGGAUAAGCUUCAACAUAACCAAGUUCAGAGGUGGGAAGCAAUAGGCAUGUUAAAACACAUAUUUUCUUCAGUGAUUCUUCCCUGGGAUAUUAAAAGGCAUACCGUGGAAUUCUUGCUUGGUAUUACUAAUGGAAGUUUCACACCGAAUUGCCAUAAUGAUGAACCAAUAACAGACUGUUCGAUCUAUAUGCCUUCGUUGUUUGCUACAGCACAGGCAAUUACCAAGGUCAUCAUGCAUUCGCCUGAUUCCACACUAAGGAAAAAUUCUUUUGAAGCUCUGAAAAGGGCAAGUUUUUUCAUCUUUGAACUCUUGCAUAGUAAGAGUACACAUGUACUUGCAGAUACUCCCAUCCCUGAAAGGAUUGAUAUCCUACAAGCGCUGAUAACAAAUUCAGAUUCGUCCUCCAUCUCCAUGAUGUGGGCAAUAAUGUUUCAUUCUCUGAGCGCACGCUGCUAUUCCAUACAGACUGCAAUCCUUUUAGAUCUCGUUAGAGGUGAAUUGCGCAAGGAAACUCUCCCAAAAAAAUCAACAAACGAAGGAGUAGAUGAAGCUGGUAAUCAUGGAAGUCCGACAGAAUCAGCUUGGACAGAGAGAAUCCUGGAAUUGGUGGAGCUAGUUCUAAGGCCGCCGCAUGGUGGACAACCAUCCUUUCCAGAACAUGGCGAAGCGGUUCUAGCUGCUCUCAACCUAUAUAGAUUUGUGCUAAUGAAAGAAUUAGCAGGUAAAACGAACAAGACGGGUGUAUUGUUCAGGAAGAAUCUGCUGAGGGCGUGCAACGAAUGGCUCGUUCCUCUUCGGACUAUUGUGAGCAGCACGAUGGCAGACCCAGAGAACGAUCCAGAUGAAGUUGCUGGCAUGCUUAAUCCAAUUGAGUUAGUCCUGUACCACUGUAUUGAGCUUGUUGAACAGAAUUUAUCAGCAAACCCGGAUUCACCUUAGGCUGUUGAGAAUAGUGUUAGACUUUGUUUAUUUGCUAGCACUUCAAUCAUCAAGUUAGCUAGACAAUGUAAUCUUUACUGCGAAGAGAUAUGUGUUGCCAAGAUUUUGCACUUAUGACGGUCACCGCCAACAAGUCCAGAUUGUAUGUUUUGAUUCACAUAUCAAUACAGUAUGAAUUCACCUG